CAAAGCCCCGCCUACAGGGUAACAGAGGACAGUUCAAAGAUGGCGUCUCUGAGUUGUGUUCUCCGAUCUGGAAGGAAUGCUGCAGCGGUUGUCCUGCGGCGGGAGUUCCACAGAAGCGCCCCUGCUUCAGUGCAGGUGACGGUUCGGGAUGCCCUGAACCAGGCCAUGGACGAGGAGCUGGAGCGGGACGAGAGGGUCUUCCUACUGGGAGAGGAGGUGGCCCAGUACGAUGGAGCCUACAAGAUCAGCCGAGGUCUGUGGAAGAAGUAUGGAGACGCACGCAUCAUCGACACUCCGAUCACUGAGAUGGGGUUCACUGGCAUUGCGGUCGGAGCGGCUAUGGCUGGUCUCAGGCCCAUCUGUGAGUUCAUGACCUUCAACUUCUCCAUGCAAGCCAUCGACCAGGUCAUCAACUCCGCGGCCAAGACCAACUACAUGUCCGCCGGCCGCCAGUCGGUCCCCAUCGUCUUCAGGGGGCCCAACGGCGCCUCGGCUGGCGUCGGCGCCCAGCACUCCCAGUGUUUCGCCGCAUGGUACGGCCACUGUCCUGGUCUGAAGGUCGUGAGUCCGUGGAGUGCUGAGGAUGCCAGAGGUCUCCUCAAGGCCGCCAUCAGAGACGACAACCCUGUGGUGUUCCUGGAGAACGAGCUGAUGUACGGAGUUCCCUUCGAGAUGUCCGAAGAGUCCCUGUCCAAAGACUUCACCAUUCCCUUCGGCAAGGCCAAGGUCGAGAGGCAAGGAACUCACGUGACCCUGGUGACUCACUCGCGCUACGUGAGCUUCUGUCUGGACGCCGCCGCUGUCCUGGCUAAGGAGGGUGUGGAGUGUGAGGUGGUGAACCUGCGCAGCAUCCGGCCCCUGGACGUGGAGACGAUCGAGGCCAGCGUGAUGAAGACCAACCACCUGGUGACGGUGGAGGGCGGCUGGCCGCAGUUCGGCGUGGGAGCCGAGAUCUGCGCCCGCGUCAUGGAGGGGCCGGCGUUCAACUUCCUGGACGCCCCGGCCACCCGGGUGACGGGGGUGGACGUCCCCAUGCCCUACGCCAAGAUCCUGGAGGACAACUGCCUCCCGCAGAUCAAAGACAUCAUCUUCUCCAUCAAGAAGACCCUGAACAUCUAGAGAUCAGACACGCAUACACAUACACACACACACAGCGUAAAUGCUGUGAGUAUGUGUGUGUGUAUGUUAAGAGAACUGUAAUUUUAAGCGCUGUGACGGCUGGUAUCCCAGCGUUGUGUUAACAGAUGUUAUGACAUCCUCACCCAUCACAGGCCAUAACUGGUGCCGAUAUGGCCCCUACAGAAAACAGACGUUCAGUUCCUUUAUGUCGUACCUGUAAGAUUACUUCACUCCAUCCCCAGGUGUCUGAGGGAGGUCCACUGCGCCCCGCCCCUGUUUGAUGUUCUCCUAGAGCCGCAGUACUGUAUAUACUGUCCCGAGGCGCUGAUGCUGCUGUUAGGGACUCUGUUACAAGAAUAAAACCCUUCUGUCCCUUUG